AUGGAACCAAAGAAAAAAUUUUCGGGGUGGCGAGCUCAGGCCGCCUUCACCCUCGUCGCAGCCGCUCACCGCCGCCUGGCCGUUGUAACUGUCGCAUCACUCAGGGGACACUCCCAGGGGGGAACGCGACCCCCGGGGACCCUCCUAGGGACGGCAGCGCUCCCAGAGACCCUCCCAGGGGAGACGCCUCCCCCCAGGAACCCUACGAAGGGCCCCCAAGAGCCUUUUCGCAUGUUUGGUCGUAGUGUCAUAUUACAAACUUCCGGCAGUCCCUUACUUAACUAUGAUUGGUGGAAUAUUCUUUUUACCCACCAAUCAACAGCCAAUAGGAGAAGAGAGCACUCAGUCAGCACAACACCUUACAGGUCUAGCGCGUCCACGGCCCUCCCAGGGACAGCGGCGCUCCCAAGGAGCCCUCUAAGGGAAGGCGGCGCCCCCAGGGGCCUUGCCAGCGGCAGUGGCGCCCCCAAGGGCCCUGCCAUGGGCAGUGGCGCCGCCAUGAGCAGUGGCGCCAUCGGGGCCCCUGCCAGGGGCAGUGGUUCCCCAGGACCCCUAAGGGAAGGCGGCGCGCCAAGCGGCCCUGUUAGGGGCGUUCGCGCUCCGAGGGGCCCUGCUAGGGAAGGUGUUACCCCCAGGGGUUCUCACAGGUUCAGCGGCGCUCCCAGGGGCUUUCCCAGGGAAGUCAGCGUUCCCAGGGUCCCUCCCAGGGACAGCGGAGCCCUCAGGGGUCCUCUAACAGACAACGGUGGUUCCAGGGGCCUUCCCAGGGACGGUGGCGCCCCCAGGGGCUCACUCAGGGACACCCCGACCCCAGCAGCGCUCCCAGGGGCGUUGAUGCCCCCAGGGGGCCUGCCAAUAACGGUGGCGCCGCUCCGGGGCUCUUACAGGGUCAGCAGCUCCCCCAGGGGUUCACCCAGGGACAAUCGCGAUCCCAGGGGCCUUCCUAGGGACGGAGGCGGCGCCAGGGUCACGACACGGCACGGCAAUGCACUUUCCACUUAA